AGAAGAAGAAGAAGAAGAAGAUCUCCCAGCCUGCACUGCUGCUGUUGUGUCCGACGUUACCGAACUACCCUGACUACAAUCUGUGAGAGACUGUCAGCCCUGAACCAGACACAGAACCAGCCGCCCUGUGUCUCCAGGAUGAGUAUCCGGACCCUGCUCGCCUCCGGCGGGAUGAUCGCUUCCAUCGGGCUCGGCUACGGGAUGUGGUCGAUAAUCUCUCCCGGAGAAGAUAGGCGCAGAGAGAUGCUCAAGAAUCUGCCUGAAUACAACUCACAAACGAUGGACGAGACGAGGAAGAGGACCGCUCUGGUGAUGCAGACACUGAAGGAGGCUUCUGAGUGCAACGAAAACAUAUCACGAGGGAUCGGAAGGAAGUGAACCUGUUGGAAAGUCUCUGUGUAGAAAAUGCUACUGUCAUGCAGGGCCUCAUCCUGUGCAGAAACAGAUGGACGUUAUUUAUUCCAGGGGAAAUUGCUGUCUAAUGUUCACUUCUAUUGCUUCAUUGUCUGUGACAACUUUAUACUGUUGGAUGUUAAAAAAUAUAUAUUAAAACUAUCCAAACAACA